AUGUGGGCACUGCGAAGCCCUCCCAAGGCUCCUAUCUACAGGGAUAUCAUAUCAGACCUCUCACCACCUUUCUCGCCGUCUCUGCCUAUCUAUCUGCUGCGAUCUUGGUGGAAUUCCAGUGCGUGCAUUUACAUUCUUCAACAAUAUUCUGGCGCAAUGCCUUCAAUCCUCUCCACCGCCCAAGAUGCGAUACGGGUGAAAAAAGUCCAACACAGCGAUAGCAAUGGCCAAGCUCAAACCUACGGGAAAUGGAGUAAUAAAGACUUGGAACCUACUCCGCCAGCAGAACGCAACUGGUCGCCAUUAUACUACUUUGCCUUCCAAUUCAGCAUUGCCUUUUCCCCCACCACCUACAACAUCGGCUCCACCCUCUUUUCCAUUGGUUUGAACUACUGGACCAUCAUCAUCGCAUCCUUUGUCGGAACUUUUCUCUGCUGUUUGGUUCUGUAUUUCAAUGCUCGAGGCCCGGUAUUCUAUCAUGUUGGCUUCCCAGUCUACGCCCGCGCCUCGGCAGGAAUCUACGGCUCCCUCUUCUUCAUCUUCAUCCGAGCCGUCGUCGCAAUCUUCUACAUGGGAACCCAAACCUUUUACGCUUCUCGUCUGCUGAACGUCGCUCUCCGCUGCGUCUUUGGGGAUUCGUGGACCAACAUCCCCAAUCAUCUCCCCGAAGCAGCAGGAAUCACGACGAGUGGCAUGUUGGCUUUCUUCUUGACUUGGUUGGUGCAAUUCCCUUUUGCAUGGCUACAUCCCAGUAAAGCCGGUCCUUUAUUCGUCGUCAAAUCCAUCCUAUCGCCGACCGCUUACAUUGCCACGAUGAUCUGGGCGCUGGUCAAAUUCAAUGGCGUGGAAUUGGAUUUGGGAGAGGAGGCUGUCGAGGGAAGUGCUCUAGGUUGGGCAUUCAUGCGAGCAAUCAAUACCGUCGUAAGCGGCGUCGUCCCACCCAUGGUAAACAUCGCCGACCUCGCCCGAUACGGCCACUCCCCCACCGACAUCCUCCCCCUAACCCUCGGACUCCUCCUCUCCAAACCCCUCGUCAUUCUCCUCGGCCUCUUCACAACCGCCGCCUGUCUCAAACACUACGGUCUCGCACCCUGGAAUCUCUGGGAUUUCUACUCCCUCGUCCUCUCCGAAUUCUGGUCACCAGGAACCCGUACCGCCGUCUUCCUCUGCUGCAUCAUCCAAGCUUUCGCCACCAUCGUCACAAAUGUCAGCAGUAAUGCUAUCCCUGUAGGAUGUGAUUUAUCGGGCUUAUUCCCCGGUUACUUCACCAUUGUGAGAGGGAUGGUCGUGUGUCAUUUAUGGGUCUGGCCUGUGGUACCCUGGUUACUCGUCAACAGCGCCCAGAAUUUCUUGACAUUUCUAGGAAGUUAUCUCAUUUUCAUCACGCCUUGCGUGGCGUGCAUGAUUGUGGAUUACUGGGGUGCUCGCAAAGGGAAUCUCCACGUCCCCUCUCUCUAUCGCGCGGAAAAGGGUGCGCCAUAUUUCUACACUGGAGGUUUCAAUUUGAGAGUCUUUGCGGCUUGGGCCGUGGGUGUUGGAUUGGUGAUUUCGGGAAUCGCGGGCGCUGUCAAACCUGGGAGUAUCAGUCAGACGGCGGUGAAUGUGUAUUAUUUGGGGUUUGUGCUUUCGUUUGCCGGGUCCGGGAUUACUUAUUGGGUAUUGUGUUGGAUUUGGCCUGUGAGAGUUUUCCCCCGGGGUAGGCAUGAGAAUGAGGGGCGGGAGUGGGAAGUGUUGGUGCCCACGGAGGGAUUUUUUGUGGAUGAUGAGCCGUUGCCGGGGUAUAUUCGAGAGAAGAUGUUAUUUGGGGAGGAGCCUGUUGGGGUUGUUAUUGUGGAAGAAGAGACGACGACGACGCAGACGAAGAAAGGUGAGAAGAAGCAGUAA